AUGGACGGAGCAACAAUUGUAAAGCUGUUUGGAACAGCGGACAACUCCCGCGAACCAGAGCCGUUGGUGAACAAGACGAGCACAAUCCUGGGUGUUGUCAUCAGCUUUGCGGUUCUCUCGUGGCUGUGCGUCGCAUUCCGGAUGCAUGUGCGCAUCAAGAUGGUUCGGUCGUUGGGAUGGGAUGACUUUUUUGUCAUAUUGUCGCUGUUGUCAAUAACCACGGGUUCUGUCGGAGUCUGCGUCUCAACCAAAUAUGGCUUGGGCAGGCACAUCGGCACGUUAUCUGCCUAUGAAGUCAAGGCCUAUCUUCGAACCUUCUACGUAGCGAACGGCACUUAUCAAAUCUCUACGGCCUUGAUGAAGAUCUCUCUCCUCUUCCAGUACCUCCGCAUAUACGAUCAGCCAUCCUUUAUCAGACGCGCCUGCAUUUUUACCCUCGUUGUCGUUGCCGUGUGGGCUAUUCCCUAUACGGUGGUGAGCUGGAUCCCCUGCAUGCCAGUACAAGCCUACUGGGACUGGUCAAUUCCGGCCACCCGUUGGGCCUACGGAUCGCUCGAUGCCAAAGUUUUCUCGACCACGUACGAAAGCCACGCUGCGGUCAACAUUGCACUCGACCUCUUGGUGUUGAUGCUUCCAGUGCCCCUCUACUUCGAACCCAACAUGCCGCUCAGGUCUAGACUGGGUUUACUUGUACUCCUCAGCAUGGGCAUCGCAGUCAAUUGCGUCUCGGUAGCCCGAUAUGUCACCAUUCUGCAACACAAAAGCGCUACAUACCCGACUAUCGAUUUCCCCUGGUACGCACCAGUCAGCAUCGUCCUCGCCUGCGUCGAAGUCGACCUAGCCAUGGUGACCAGCAGCAUCCCCAUUUUCUGGCCCGUCAUCCGACAGGCGUUCCCCGGCAUCUUCGUCACCAAGGAAGUCGAGAUCACGUGUGAGGUUCGGAGGAUGGAGAGUGUCGAGCUCGACGAUGACGUGGGCGAGGAGGGGCGAAGGUCGAGAGUGGGCAGUGAGGCAAGUCUUCGACAAGACAAGCCAGCACAUAAUGCGCGCUAUAAGGACGAGUUUAUCGUGAACCAGGUUGAUCCCUUGAGUCGGAGCAAAAGUGUUGUCACCGAGGUCAAGGCGUCAAAAGCCAAACAAGAUGGAUGGUGGAACAAUGGGAGUUGA